AUGCAUUUCAAGCCUUUCCGGCCUCCCCUCAUUCGAAAGAAUUUGGCAUCAGACGUAUCAUCUGACUCACCAAACUCCGAUAUCAACACCCCUCGUCCGUUCAAACGACCGCGUUUAGAAAGCAAACACGACGACGAAGCCGAUAGUGAUGUCAUUUCCAAGCCAUCAGAUGGCAAUAUCACCAAGAAACCUGCCUCGCAGAGACCACUGAACCCAGUUCGCAAUUCGUCUAGCGAUGGGGACAACUCGACAGACAAGCAAAACGCUCCAGCCGAUGAUGUGGAAGCGUACUAUAAUGUUCUAUGGCGAAAAUUCACCACCAAGAAACACAAGACCUGGGAUGGUGACGGGAUCCUUUCAAUCCGCGGAGGUUAUGGUUACCUGCGUGACGUGUCUGGCCGGGACAUGGGCAGAAUCGUGAUUAAUACACCACUCGAACCCGGCGCAAGUCUAUCGAUUAGUGGAAAGGAUGUGGAGAUAGAGUCGUCAAUUUCAAAAGAGGACUACUUGUCAGGACGAGACUUUUUAGGUGGAGCAAAGAAACUCGCAACUUCACCUCCAGUUCGAUCAAAGGCAGCAACCUCAGUGACCCCAAGCAACCUUCAACGCGCCAAGGUUGAAGCAUCUUCUGUUAAUAAAGCUGCGAAAAAAGACAUAUCAAAUGAAACAGACUCUACGCAGCCCGGGAAACAGAUGUUUUCAGUGAAGCAUCUCAAUACUGCGUCCUCAAGAAGCGCCGGGCUCGGCAGUAUCUUCAAGAACCCAUUGAAAGAUAAAACCAUCUCAACCCCUCAGAUAACUGGUCAACCUACUCCACGUCAUGAUCCUAAUGCACCUGGGGCUCUGGUUAUGAAGAGACCCACCUCUGUUCCCAAAGGAAAGGCAGUUGUCGAUGUUGUAGUCGAUCCCUUACUGUCCAAGCAUUUGCGUGACCACCAACGGGAAGGCGUCAAAUUCCUUUACGAAUGCGUGAUGGGUCUGCGGGAUUUCAAUGGUGAAGGAGCCAUCUUGGCUGAUGAGAUGGGUCUUGGAAAGACUCUGCAAACCAUAACACUCCUGUGGACCCUGCUCAAACAAAACCCUAUCUACGAAUCAUCCCCAGUAAUAAAGAAAGCUUUGAUAGUGUGUCCGGUGACUCUCAUCAAUAAUUGGAGAAAAGAAUUUCGCAAAUGGCUCGGCAAUGAACGCAUUGGGGUGUUUGUCUUUGACGAUAAGCGGAAACGAUUAACCGAUUUCACAAUGGGCAAGGCGUACAGUAUUAUGAUUGUUGGCUAUGAAAAGCUUCGCACUGUUCAAGAAGGACUUACCAAAGGCCAUGGCGUUGACAUCGUUAUUGCCGAUGAGGGCCACAGACUCAAGACUGUGCAGAACAAGAGCGGCCAAGCUAUUCAAGCACUGAAUGCCACAAAGAGGGUCAUCCUAUCGGGCACUCCGAUCCAAAACGAUCUCAGUGAAUUCUUUGCGGCUGUUGACUUGAUAAACCCAGGGAUCCUUGGCACCUACAAGAACUUUAUGCGAGAGUUUGAAGGCCCGAUUGUGCGGAGCCGACAACCAGAGGCGACUAAAAAGGACAUAGAAAAGGGCGAGUCCAGAAGCGAAGAACUUCGGGAUCUUACAUCGAUGUUUAUGCUCCGCAGGACAGCUGAAGUCCUGUCGCAGUAUUUGCCACCCAAAACAGAAUAUGUGUUAUUAUGUGAGCCCACGUCUACCCAGGCUAAUAUCUACCGACACGUGCUUGCGUCUCCCAUUUUUCAAACGGCACUGGGGAGCACGGAUGGGGCAUUUAGCCUUUUAACUAUUUUAAAGAAGCUUUGCAACAGCCCAUCCCUUAUCAAUCCGAAAACAAACGACGAGUCGUCGAAAAACAAUACAAUCACAGCAUUGCUGUCGACUCUCCCUCCAAACCUUAUUCGACAUUUCUCCCCUUCCUCUAGUGGUAAAAUCAGAGUUCUUGAUCAACUGUUAUACAAUUUACGAACAACAUCUUCAGAAAAGAUUGUUCUAGUUUCCAACUAUACAUCCACACUAGACCUUCUCGCCACACUGCUUACAUCUCUAUCAUUGCCUUUUCUUCGCCUGGACGGCUCUGUUCCCACCGCAAAACGUCAGUCUCUAGUCGAUGACUUCAACCGCACCCCUGCGGACGCAUGCUUCGCGUUCCUUCUAUCUGCCAAAGCCGGCGGAACAGGCCUUAACCUGAUUGGAGCCAGUCGUUUGGUCCUUUUCGACAUCGACUGGAACCCGGCUACCGAUAUGCAAGCCAUGGCUCGAAUCCACCGAGAUGGCCAGAAACGCCAUUGCUACAUCUACCGCAUCAUGCUAAAGGGCAGUCUUGAGGAAAAGAUCUGGCAGCGGCAGGUCACGAAAAUCGGCUUGGCAGACAGUGUCAUGGAAUCGAAAGGUGGUGUAGCCCAGUUCUCGCGCGAGGAACUGAAGGAUUUAUUUCGACUGCAUGAAGGCGAGGGCUGCCAAACCCAUGAGCUACUUGGAUGCAGUUGUGGCGGCAAGGGGACACCUAUACUUGCAGAAGGAGAUGAUGAGAGCGAUUCUCUGGAGGAACCGAGAAGCCAGUCUCCAUUUUUCAAAGAAGAUUCGACAAGCAGCGAAGCCGAGGAAGAAAUCGAGUUUCCAGACCUCCCCACGCUCAUGAAAGCAUCCCAAGUCGACAUGGAAGAACAAGAGAAGCGGAUCCUUCAAGGCAUUCAUGCCUUGCAACAACGAAACAAUAAACGAACGGCCAGAGGCAAAAAGGACUCGGGCAGUAAAGGAAAAUCAGAUGGUACCUCUGGGACAAAUAAAAUCCAACAGUUCCUUUCGCAGUACCUGCACAUUGACCCAGCUGCUUUUACAGACCAGGAUUCUGAGCUCCAGAGUCAAAUCGGUGAUUCGGUCUUGCAGUCCCUAUUCAAGGAUGGGGACCAUGGAGUAGGGUUUAUAUUCGAGAAAACGGCGUUUCCAACAACACCAGUUGGGGCGUCCUCGUAA